AAAGAAGUCGCCAACUCGCCAUUGGACCUAAGAGAGGAAGCUUUUUUCUUUCUGUUUUUUUUUUUUUUUUUUAAUUCUGUGAUAGAAAAUGAAUGCAAUAAGUCUUAAAGUUGCAGCAACGUCAACGUGGAGGUGUGUGUUGCAGGGUAGAGAGAGUUACAGUUGGGUGGAUUUAGAGUAUGGGAGGAGAAGAGUUGGCUGGGUUUGUAAAGAUGUUACGAGAACAUUUGGGGUUGUGGCUUGUGUUGGUGCUGGUGCUGGUGGUGGAGGGGAAAAGCUGAGUUCGAGUUCGGAUUCAGGUGGGUCAAGUCCGAGUUCUCUUUUUUCUCGGAGCCAAACUUAUGCUCUCUUGAAGCACCAAAUGGAGGUUGCUGCCAAAUCCGAGGAUUAUGAAGAAGCUGCGAGAAUUCGUGAUUCAUUGAAAUCAUUUGAGGAAGAGGAGCCUGUUCUUCGACUUCGGAGGUUAAUGAAAGAGGCAGUUGUGGAGGAAAGGUUUGAGGAUGCUGCUAGGUGUCGCGAUGAACUAAAGGAAAUUGCACCACACUCUCUCCUUAAAUGUUCGAGUGAUGCAACAACCUUGGGUAUCAGGGUUCAAGUCAGGAGUGUGUACAUUGAAGGUCGAAGUCAACCUUCAAAAGGGCAGUACUUUUUUGCAUAUAGAGUGAGGAUUACCAAUAACUCAGAUCGUCCUGUUCAGCUUCUUAAAAGGCAUUGGAUUAUCACUGAUGCCAAUGGGAAAACUGAAAAUGUCUGGGGAAUAGGAGUCAUAGGCGAACAGCCGGUUAUACUUCCAAAGACAGGUUUUGAAUACUCAUCUGCCUGUCCAUUAAGCACUUCCAGUGGUAGAAUGGAAGGUGAUUUUGAGAUGAAACACAUCGAUAGAGUAGGGUCAUCGACUUUCAAUGUGGCUAUUGCUCCAUUUUCUCUCUCCACACUGGGUGACGGUGAUUGUUUUUGAUAUUGGUGCUAGUCAUCCCUAUAGAAUGGCAGAGGUGCCACAUCCCUAGCAUAAAUAUAUUAUUUUCAGAAAAGCUUACUUCAACCAGAAUUGUAAAGCAGUGUAAGUGUAAUUAUAUUAUUGGUCGAUAAUCUCAUCAAUUGUUUCCCUAGAUGGAUGUAAAUUGUCAACAUCCUAUGUAGUGAACUUAUGGAAGAAAUAAAUAAUGAAUAUGUAUAUUAUAUGAGAAUUUUAUCAAGAGAGUCUGAGCUGUAUGG